AAGAGCUCAUCAUUCAUUGCAUCACCUAUUAGGCUCUCUUGGCCCUUCUGUCACUCUAAACUCGAGUUUCUUCUCAUUUCUCUCUCGUCCUUCCUUGGAAUUCUGUUCAUCCGGUGCGGUCCGUUCAUCUUCGAUUUAGCAAAAAAAAUCUCCCAAAAAUGAAAAAGCAAAAGUCUAGGGUUUGAAUUUUGGUUCAAUGAUUGAAGAUUUUGGCGAUUUUUGUUAUUAGUAAAGAACAAAAAAAGAAAGAAAGAAAGAAAGCGGUGGGAAUUUCACUUAGAGAGAAUAAGAGAUAGAGAGAGGUUGCAAAAAUUAAUGUGGUUUCCAUUGUUUUGAUGUGACGUAGUUUUGCGAGCUUUUGCUGCUACUGCUCAGAUGUGUAAUGCCUGAUUACUGUUGAGAAUUGUUGAUAAGAAGCGAUAUUACGAGGCACAUUCACUGCUAAGAAAUUUUCAUAUUAAGACAAAUUGAAGUAUGCUCUCUUGCCAACAUCUACUGUUGAUGGAGCAUGAUUAACACUUUUGGCUUUUGGAUGUGAAUUGUGAAGCUCUUGCCAGACAAUAGUAAGAAUACUAUUGCCUCCUUGCUUGGUUGCUAAUCUGUGCUACCGUGUAGAGGUCCAGCUUCAACAAUGCCUUCUCUUCAACUGUUGCAGUUAACUGAGCAUGGUCGAAGUCUUCUGGCCUCAAGGAGGAAAGCGCUAUUGCUUGCUUCUGGUAUUGUGGUUGCUGGUGGUGCUGCUGCUUAUGUGCAAUCACGGUUUAGGAGUAAAAAGCCCAAUUCAUAUGGUCAUUACAAUGGGGUCCGAGAGAAUAGAGAAAAUUCUGAUGAGGUUGUUAAAAACAAUAAUAAUGUAACGGGAACUACACAAAAGAAAAGUGGAUUGAAGUCCCUUCAGGUUCUAGCAGCAAUUCUUCUAUCUGAGAUGGGCCAAAUAGGUGCAAGAGAUCUUUUGGCUUUGGUGGGCAUAGCGGUGCUGAGAACUGCUUUGAGCAAUAGAUUAGCAAAAGUGCAGGGAUUUCUAUUCCGUGCUGCCUUUCUUCGGCGUGUGCCAUCAUUUUUCCGGCUAAUAUCCGAAAACAUUUUGUUGUGCUUUCUUCUGUCAACCAUUUAUUCUACUUCAAAGUACAUAACUGGUACCCUAAGUCUGAGGUUCAGAAAAAUACUGACAAAACUCAUCCAUGCACAUUACUUUGAGAAUAUGGCAUAUUACAAAAUAUCACAUGUUGAUGGACGGAUUAGGAAUCCUGAACAACGGAUUGCAAGUGAUGUGCCAAGAUUCUGUUCAGAGUUGAGUGAGCUUGUACAGGAUGAUUUGACAGCAGUUACUGAUGGUCUGCUUUAUACUUGGCGUCUUUGUUCUUAUGCUAGCCCAAAAUACAUUUUCUGGAUAUUGGCCUAUGUUUUGGGAGCAGGAGCUGCAAUAAGAAACUUCUCUCCUGCUUUUGGGAAACUAAUGUCCAAAGAACAACAGUUGGAAGGAGAAUAUAGACAGCUUCAUUCAAGGUUAAGGACCCAUGCAGAAAGUAUAGCAUUUUACGGUGGAGAAAGUAGAGAAGAAUCUCAUAUUCAGCAGAAGUUCAAGACUCUUGUAAGGCACAUGAGAGUCGUACUUCAUGAUCAUUGGUGGUUUGGCAUGAUUCAAGACUUCUUAUUGAAGUAUCUUGGUGCUACUGUUGCUGUUGUUAUGAUUAUCGAGCCUUUCUUUGCUGGCCAUCUUAGACCUGACACUUCAACAUUGGGACGGGCAGAGAUGUUAAGCAAUUUAAGAUAUCACACCAGUGUUGUAAUUUCACUAUUUCAGGCCCUGGGGACUCUUUCUAUAAGUUCAAGGCGGUUAAAUCGUCUCAGUGGUUAUGCUGACCGCAUUCAUGAGUUGAUGCUUAUAUCAAGAGAGCUAAGUGCUGAUGAUAAAAAAUCGUCCCUGCAAAGUGCUGGAAGUAGGAAUUACUUCAGUGAAGCUAAUUCUGUUGAGUUUUCUGGUGUCAAGGUUGUCACUCCAACUGGGAAUGUUUUGGUGAAGGAUCUCUCUCUGAGGGUUGAAUCAGGAUCUAAUCUUUUGAUUACAGGUCCAAAUGGCAGUGGAAAGAGUUCCCUUUUCCGGGUUUUAGGUGGUCUUUGGCCACUGGUAUCAGGCCAUAUUGUGAAACCUGGGGUUGGUUCUGAUCUUAAUAAGGAAAUUUUCUAUGUGCCACAAAGACCAUAUACAGCUGUUGGAACCCUUCGCGACCAGUUAAUUUAUCCUCUUACGGCAUAUCAGGAAGUUGAACCUCUUACGCAUAGUGGAAUGGUGGAGCUAUUGAAAAAUGUUGACCUUGAGUACCUAUUGGAUCGUUACCCACCUGAGAAAGAGGUUAACUGGGGUGAUGAACUCUCUCUUGGGGAGCAACAGAGAUUGGGGAUGGCUAGACUGUUCUACCAUAAGCCUAAAUUUGCAAUUCUUGAUGAGUGCACAAGUGCUGUGACAACUGAUAUGGAGGAGCGGUUUUGUGCUAAAGUUAGAGCUAUGGGUACAUCAUGCAUAACUAUAUCACAUCGUCCAGCACUAGUUGCAUUUCAUGAUGUGGUUUUGUCCUUGGAUGGGGAAGGAGGAUGGAAAGUUCAUUACAAAAGGGAGGAUUCUUCAGUACAAAGUGAAGAUGGGACUGAUUUGACUGAACCUUCUGAAACAGACCGCCAAACUGAUGCCAUUACAGUUCAACGUGCAUUCACUGCAGCUAAAAAGGAUUCUGGAUUCUCAAGUCCAAAGGCACAAUCAUAUGUGUCAGAGGUGAUAGCAGCAUCUCCCUUUGUGAAUCAUGAUGUUAAAUUGCCUGUUGUUCCACAACUUCAGAGGGUUCCAAGAGUGCUGCCUUUGAGAGUAGCUGCCAUGUUUAAAGUACUGGUACCUACCAUAUUAGACAAACAAGGAGCUCAACUACUUACAGUUGCGUUUCUUGUUGUCUCGAGAACAUGGAUAUCAGAUCGGAUUGCAUCGUUGAAUGGAACGACUGUGAAGUAUGUGUUGAAGCAGGACAAGGCAGCCUUUAUCCGAUUAAUUGGUAUAAGUGUUCUUCAAAGUGCUGCAUCUUCUUUCAUUGCUCCUUCCUUGAGGCACUUGACAGCUAGGCUGGCCCUGGGAUGGAGGAUUAGAUUGACUCAACAUUUGUUAAAGAACUACUUAAGAAAUAAUGCUUUUUACCAGGUCUUUCACAUGUCAAGCAAAAAUAUUGAUGCAGAUCAAAGAAUAACUCAUGAUCUUGAAAAGUUAACCACUGAUUUAUCAGGACUGGUUACUGGAAUGGUAAAGCCAUCUGUUGAUAUUUUGUGGUUCACCUGGAGAAUGAAGCUGUUAACUGGAAGGAGGGGCGUUGCCAUUUUGUAUGCAUAUAUGUUGCUUGGUCUGGGUUUUCUAAGGACUGUUACUCCUGAUUUUGGUGAUUUGACAAGUCGAGAACAACAACUUGAGGGAACCUUUAGGUUCAUGCACGAAAGACUGCGAACUCAUGCUGAAUCUAUUGCUUUCUUUGGCGGUGGCGCUCGAGAAAAAGCUAUGGUUGAUUCAAGAUUCAGGGAGCUUCUUGAUCACUCUUUGUUACUUUUGAAGAAGAAAUGGCUGUUUGGUAUACUUGAUGAUUUUGUCACGAAACAGCUUCCACAUAAUGUUACUUGGGGUUUGAGCUUAUUAUAUGCCUUGGAACACAAGGGUGACCGAGCCUUAAUUUCUACUCAAGGUGAGCUUGCCCACGCACUGCGGUUCCUGGCAUCUGUUGUGUCUCAAAGCUUUUUAGCAUUUGGUGACAUCCUGGAAUUGCAUAGAAAGUUCCUGGAGCUAUCUGGAAGCAUCAACCGAAUAUUCGAGCUUGAAGAGCUUCUUGAUGCUGCUCAGUCUGGGGAUUUGAGCACUGAUAACUUGGCACAGUCUCGGAUGACUGGUCUCUAUUCUGAGGAUGUUAUUUCUUUUGCUGAGGUGGAUAUAAUUACUCCAGCACAGAAGCUGUUGGCUAGGCGGUUGACAUGUGAUGUAGUGCCAGGAAAAAGCCUGCUUGUUACUGGACCAAAUGGGAGUGGUAAAAGCUCUGUUUUUAGAGUACUUCGACGUCUCUGGCCCAUUGUGAGUGGAAGACUUUAUAAACCGUCCCACCAUUUUAAUGAAGAGGCUUUAUCGGGUGGUGGCAUCUUCUAUGUUCCUCAGCGACCAUAUACAUGCUUGGGAACUUUAAGGGACCAAAUCAUAUAUCCUCUCUCUUGUGAGGAAGCAGAGCUGAGGGAAUUAAAGUUGUACGGAAAAGGUAAAAAAUCAGCAGAUACCACAAAGAUUCUGGAUGGACGUUUGAAAACUAUUCUUGAAAAUGUUCGAUUGAAUUAUCUUUUGGAAAGAGAGGAAGGUGGUUGGGAUGCUAAUCUCAACUGGGAAGACAUCCUCUCACUUGGAGAACAGCAGAGAUUAGGCAUGGCACGAUUAUUCUUCCACAAGCCUAAAUUUGGUAUCCUUGAUGAGUGCACAAAUGCAACGAGUGUGGAUGUUGAGGAACAACUCUAUAGACUUGCAAAAGAUUUGGGUAUAACUGUUAUUACCUCAUCACAGCGGCCUGCUCUGAUACCAUUCCAUGCUUUGGAGUUACGACUUGUUGAUGGUGAGGGUAAAUGGGAGCUUCGUUCGAUCAAGCAAUGAGUUUGGUGCAAGGGGGAGCUUUCUGUUUGUGCUCUGAACUGUGGUAUAUACAGGAACUGGGGGCAAACACAAACCUGACAUUGCUGUUUGAGGGAAUCAGUUUACUUAAUUAUACACCGUACAAAUUCUUUAUCGUGCUCAGAACAAUGAGUAUGCAAAGGAGAUGCCAGGUGCCAGUAAUACUUUUAAAUUUCCCUUUGGAGUUUCAAAGGAUAAUAUUCAUUAUUUUUUAUGUAUACCACAGGCUGUGGUAUUUGCUCAGUGCAUGAGCUGGAGCCAAAAGGAGAAGCAAAUUAGAUCAGAUUAUUGCAAAUACUGUUAGGUAGGAAUUAUGAAAAUGAUAACAGUCCAAGUACAUCCAUAAUCUAUAAAAUUUUCAUGUACAGCCUUUUCCAUAUUUCCCCUACCCCUAUUUUUUACCCUUUUUUUAUCGGGUAAAAUCCGCAGUCCUGCAUGUUGUAAGAAUUUGUUCUUGCGGUCAUGAAUAAAAUUGAAGGGAAUAGAAUUUUACA